UAUGAAUCAAACUAAUAGAAGUUACUAUCAAUUAAAUGCGUCAAACAUAUUAUCAACAAAGAGAGUUCCUAGUCUGACUCCAACUAAAAAUUAUCCAAGUAGUGUUUCAAAGGAUAAAAUGUAUUAAAUAAUUUGACUAGUUAGAACUAAAUAAGUUAAGGAUAAAGCCAUAAGUGGUAACAGCUAAUAAAAAAGUGAUGUUUACAAUUUACCAAUUCAAAAUGCUCUAUUUUUAUAAUAAUAAAAUGCCAUUUUAUCUGCAAGAAAAGCAACAAUAAAUUUGAGUGACAGUUCAGAUAAAUUAAGAAAAACAUCUCCAAACGAAAAGUAAAUUAUCUUAAAUUUAGAAGAUCUCCCAUCAAUCCUAGAUUGUCUACUUUAUAAAAAAAUAAAUAAAUAAGCAUUUCUUAAUCAUAAUAAGCUAUUGCAUAGGUUUUGGCAAAAAUGUAAGAAAAUGAUAAUAUAUCUUACAUGAAUAAAUAAUGUAUUUAUAUAAAUAGAACUUAGUAUAUCAUAAUCCUGAAAUUGAAUCUACCUAAAAAAGUACAAUAAAUAGCAGAGAAUAUACUAAUAAUUCUUCUAAACAUAAAACUGAAGAUUAUUAAAAAUUGUAAAGAGAGAAUUUGAUUCUUUAACGGAAAGUAUUAGAAUUUGAAUAAAAAGUAAUUAAUAGAUUUAUUAUUUUAAAGAUCUCUGCUUUGGAAUCAAUAAAUUAAUAAUUACUUAGUUUAGUUAAAUCAUGUGAUUGUCAUUAAACAUAAUUAAGAGAGUUAGAAAUUACAAUCUGCAAUUUAAAUUAUCUAAAAGAAACAGUAAAUCCAAUUUAAAUAUAAAAUAUAUCAUCUUUAGAUAUGUAAUCCAAUAUAGAAUUUAAAAAGAAACUAUCAUAUUCUUAAGAUUAUUCAGAAAUUAAACCAUAAAAUUUAUUUACUAAUCAUAAUUCUACUAAAAUAAUUGAAUAAUUUAUAGAAUAGCAUUAACUAAAUCAAUCAGAAUUGAAUAUAUUUAAAGAUUUGACCAAAAAAAUAGAUGAUAAAUAAGUACCUAUACCAUCUGUACUUAAAGCAUUAUCCUUAGUUAUUAAUGUAUGA